GCUUUCUGUUUAUUUUUUAUCAAGUAUUCUUUUGGCUUUAUAUUCGUUUCGUUGGAGAAGUCGACUUACCUUACCUUCUUAAGCGGUUUGAAAGGUUCAAAAGUUUUAAAUUGCUAAUAAUAUUUCUUAAGCGGAAUAAAUGAAAUUAAGGAUUCAACUGAAUUUGUUUAAUCGAAAUGAAUUGGCGUCGUUGCCUUUUUGUGAUCUUAUCUUCGAUGUUCUAUUGUGAAUUCCUGGGUGAUUAUAUAAAAUUGAAUUCAUGCUCAUGGCCAGCUCUAGAACCAAAUGAACUUCAUGCUAUGAUUAUUGCUGAUACCCAUUUAUUGGGACCUUUCCGGGGACACUGGCUGGACAAAUUAUAUCGUGAAUGGCAUAUGCGUAGAGCAUUUCAAGCGGCCUUGUUUCUGCACCGACCAGAUAUUAUUUUUGUUCUUGGGGAUUUAUUCGAUGAAGGUGACAUGGUUGAUCAUGAUGACUUUCGAGCAUAUGUUACGCGAUUUUAUAGUCACUUUCGAACCAACAUACCCAUAAUAAGUGCAGUGGGAAAUCAUGAUGUUGGAUUCCAUUAUAAAAUGCAUCCAUAUUUUAUGAAUCGGUUUGAGGAACAAUUCAACAACACGGGUGUUCAAAUGUAUACAUUAAGAGGCAUUCACUUUGUGCUCAUCAAUUCAAUGGCAAUGGAAAAUGAUGGCUGUGAAUUUUGUCAAACAGCUGUUGAGGAAUUGCACAGUGUUGCAGCUAAACUACAUUGCCUUAGGAAUCUUAAUACAUGUAAUGAUUUCGAAACAAUUAAAGAACACGUCAACUAUAGCCGUCCCAUAGUAUUGCAACAUUUCCCCACAUAUCGUAAAUCUGAUCGAUCAUGUAGAGAACAUGAUUCGCUUAGAAUUGAAGAAUAUCGAGAAAAAUGGGAGGUUCUAUCGAAAAAUUCGACAGAUUGGCUUGGCAAAUUACUGCAUCCGCGUUUAGCAUUUGCCGGUCAUUCACAUCAUUACUGUUAUUCCAUCAAUAGAUGGGGAAUUGAAGAGUAUACGGUUGCUUCAUUUAGUUGGCGAAAUAAAGUUAACCCCAGUUUUCUAAUGGCUUCCUUAAAUCCCACCAAACAUUCUGUGCACAAAUGUCCUAUGUUGGAGCAGCCAACCGUCUACAUACUGUACAUAUUUACCGGUUGCCUUUGUAUUAUAUUAAUUAUUAUAGACAUUUCAAAAUGGUUAUAUAGUUUAGUUAGAAGAUCAAAACCUCUUAUAAAAACUCAAUAAAUUUUUUACAUAAAUAAAUAAUUAAAUAAAUUUUAAUAA